UUUCAGAACGAACUUUAAAAAUGUUGCCAUAAAAUACACUGUUUUUCUUUUUCUGUCAACAGCUGUCAAAAAGCUCCAAAAUGGUACAGCGGCUUACGUUCAGACGACGUUUGUCAUACAAUACCAAGUCCAACCAAAGGAGAAUUGUAAGGACUCCUGGUGGUCGGCUUGUAUAUCAGUAUGUUAAGAAACCUAAGAAGAUCCCAAGAUGUGGCCAGUGCAAAAGCAAACUGCGGGGCAUCCAGCCCGCCAGGCCAGCAGAACGCUCACGUCUCUGCUACCGCAAAAAGACAGUGAAACGUGUUUAUGGAGGUGUCCUCUGCCACAAGUGUGUCAAACAGCGCAUUGUCAGAGCCUUCCUCAUUGAGGAGCAGAAGAUUGUGAAGGUCCUCAAAGCGCAACAGGCCUCUUCUAAAGGUGGCAAAAAGUCCGCAAAGUAGGGUAAUAAAUAAGUAAAAAUCAAA